CUAGCCUACGUGCAUGUACAGUGAUUACGCAAGAUCGGCACUCAUGUACGUUGAUUACGGCGGUGACGCUUACGCCGGAAUGGGAAUCAAGGCCAUGAAGUCCUUUGGCAGGUCCAGAGAUAUACCGGCGCAAGUGCCGCCGUUAACACCUGGGACCAACAAGAAGAUGACCGAGGCUCUGGAGGCCUCCUUCGCGUCUUGGGAAAAGGAACGACUCCGCCUGAACAUAACUAAAGACCCGAGGCAAUGGUCGGAAGCAGCUGUUGCCCACUGGUUGCACUGGGCUAUCGGGGAAUUCUCGCUGGAGGGUGUGGCAAUGCAGCCGUGGCAGCACAUGACCGGGAAACAGAUUUGUGCCAUGGGGAAGGAAUCCUUUCUAGCACGUGCCCCCGCCUUCAUGGGCGACAUCCUGUGGGAGCAUCUCGAGAUCCUGCAGAAAGAUGUCGACGCAGCGAAGGCCUCUCUGGAGAACGUGCCGGCGAACUUGUAUGAAAGCGUGUGCGUGCCAGAUUUAGGUGAUUUUUUGGGAUACCAGGGUGGCGGCCAUCAGGUGGCAACACCAGAGCAUAAAAAUCCGCCGACGCCCGCCAAUUCGGCCACCUCCAACUCCUCCGGUCCUCCUCAGAGCGGUACGCAACAACAACCCCCGAUACAACCCUCUUCGGGCGCGGUGUCCCUGCCAUCGAGACAGUAUCAUAACGAUGGCGGCUACAAUCACCUCCGUAGUCCCGUGUGCCAAGACGAAAGUCAAAGAGACGAAACGUCACCUCCACCCCACAGCCAUAGCACCCAACCACCGACCUCUCACUCUAGUACUCCUAACAGUAAUAACAACAACAACAAUAACAACAAUGCCAACAACGCGUAUAUACAUCUACGGAAUUUAAAUCAGCUCAAAACGGAAUCGAACUACACCAAUCAUCACAUCACCGAGCAUCUUCAAGGCGGUGGCGGCGGCCUCGGCAGCGGGGGCGAGCUCACCGGAGCGGGUAGCAACGAGAGCGACUUGAGAGUUAGCGCGACCGCCACAGAAAGUUACAUGACGCCGGCGCAUUAUUCGGGCUAUGACGAGGCGUCUGAGUAUCACGGCUUGUCACAGGAUCACCAGGCGCCACAUCCGUACAAUUUGGACAGCUCGUCCGACUUCUACGGCGCCAGUGGAAUCCAUAUCGAACCCAAGUAUCAGCCGUCGCCGUUCAAGAACUAUCCUCGAGGACGCUAUCACGAGGGUUACAGUGAGAGCGGUGGAUACGGGCAAUACGAUGCAACGUCGUUCCAAACGGUUCCCGGAAGCGGGAGCGGUGCUGGAGGCGGCGGCGUCGGCAGUGACCAAUGGGGUGUCGGACUUGGGGAUCACCUGCCUCAUCAUCCCGCGUUUCUUGCGGGACUCGGGCCACGAGACUCUUCCAAUCCUCAUCAUCCCACAUCCAUCGGCAAUAAUGCCGACCAAAAACCAUUGCUGCAAAGCUCAAUGUUAACCGGUUAUCCAGGUGGUGGUCCACCAUGCUUUACUGGAUCCGGUCCGAUUCAGCUUUGGCAAUUUCUGCUGGAGCUCUUAACUGACAAAACAUGUCAAGGUUUUAUCUCGUGGACCGGCGAUGGCUGGGAAUUCAAACUAACCGAUCCGGAUGAAGUUGCUCGUCGUUGGGGUAUUCGCAAGAAUAAACCCAAGAUGAAUUACGAGAAACUGAGCCGAGGCUUACGCUAUUACUAUGACAAGAACAUUAUACACAAAACUGCUGGCAAGCGAUACGUAUACCGCUUUGUAUGCGACUUACAAAGUCUACUAGGAUACAGUCCUGACGAGAUACACGCAAUGGUAGACUUGAAACCAGAGAAGAAGGAAGAAGACUGAGCUUUUUGUUAAUGAACACGUGCUUUAGGACUGUGUCACACUGAUAAACAAAAUGUAAUAAUAAAAUUCGUCGCAUUGCAUGUGCAAGAGAACGAAGGAAAAUGAAAGGACAAAGUAUCCAUACGAUAAAAUCGCUAUGAAAUAACUAUAUUCAGAUGCAGAAGACUGUGAUAGUCCGUCUUCUUUAUUCAGAUGUAAACAAAUCGAAUCGGUCAUAUGUACCAAAGACAGGGUCUGCAUACCAUUGGUGCCUAAAGUUGGAAUAAAUCGCGAAUUUGUUUGUAAGUGAUUGAUUUAUGACAGCAGAUUUUAGAAGAUAUUUAUAGGAAUAACUCGUCAAUUUAUACAUAUAUAUAUAUAUAAAUAUAUAUAUAUAUAUAUAUAUUUUUAAUGUUACAUGAUUUUUCAACGCUAUACUAGCGUCAAGAUACUUGGUGAUGCCCCUAAAUUAUUUAUGUCUCAUCAUUUUAACAUGUGUGUUAUAUCUCGUUGAUAGAUGACUCGAUAUGUGAUUGUUAUUACCAUAAUUUUACAGUAAAUUCAUUAUAUACUAUAUAGCGAGCUUUUCCAUUCGAUAUUUUCAUGCUUUUUUUUCUAUGUAUAGAUUAAUUUAGAAAUUAAAUUUCAAUUACAUUUU